AUGAGACCAUAUCAAUCUAUGCUGUCGGAGUAUCCGAGAUCUGAAUUUGGAAAACAACAACGUCGAUUUCAAUACUCUUGGUUUAAAAAGUUCCCAUGGUUGGAGUACUCUCCUUCGAAGGAUGCUGUAUUUUGUUUUCCAUGUUAUCUCUUUGAAUCAGGUAAAUCCCAGCAAUCUGCAUUUACAAUUGAAGGUUUCAAAAGUUGGAAAUGUGUUAAUGAUGGAGGUAAGUGUGCCUUUUUGUCUCACGAGGGUGGUUCUAACUCAGUGCACAAUACAUCUUCAAAUUUCGUUGUUGAUUUGAUGAAUGUAACUCGACAUAUAGAUAAAGUUAUGAAUCGAGAAUCUUCUGAACAAAUUCAAAAGAAUCGAUUAAGGCUUACAGCAACAAUUGAGAGUGUUCGUUGGCUAAGUUUGCAAGCAUGUACAUUAAGAGGUCAUGAUGAAUCUUUAGAUUCCCAAAAUCGAGGUAAUUUUAUUGAGAUGUUAAAGCUCUUGGGAAAAUGGAAUGAUAGUAUUACUAAUGUUAUCUUAGAGAAAGCUCCAGGAAAUGCAAAAUAUACGUCACCCGAAGUUCAAAAGGAAAUCCUACAUAUUAUUGGUAACAGGGUCAGAAAUAAAAUACGUGAUGAAAUUGGCGAUUCCAAAUUUUGUAUUUUGGUGGAUGAAGCGAAGGAUAUAUCUAACAAGGAACAAAUGGCUAUAAUUUUUAGAUUUGUAAAUGUUAAUGGUGUUUUGCGGGAACGUUUUUUCCAAAUUGUGCAUGUUAGUGAUACAACAGCUGUAACACUCAAGAAAGAAAUAUGUAAUGUCCUCACUAGAUAUAAUCUAGAAAUUAAUAAUAUGCGAGGUCAGGGAUAUGAUGGUGCUAGCAAUAUGAGUGGUAUUUUUAAUGGUUUGCAAGCUCUAUUUCUUAAAGAUUGCCCUUAUGCGUAUUAUGUGCAUUGUUUUGCCCAUCGACUACAACUAGCAUUAGUUACUGCUGCUGAAAAGGAGAUCUCUAUAUGGCUUUUCUUUUCGAAUCUACCGAUAAUUAUCAAUCUUAUGACAUCUUCUUCAAAACGUAAUACCGAGUUACAGUCAGCUCAAGCUAAUGAAAUUGAUCGUUCUAUUGCUGAUGGUGAACGUGAGCUUGGACGAGGAGCUAACCAGAUUGAUAAUUUACAACGACCAGGAACUACUCGUUGGAGUUCCCAUUUUGAUUCUAUUUGCAGCUUGAUAGAUAUGUAUGAUGCAACUAUUAAUGUGCUUGAAAAUAUUAUCAAAGAUGGUUCCUCUAUUUCGAUGCGUGGGGAAGCUGGUGGAUCUUUAAUAGUGAUGAAGUCUUUUGAUUUCAUUUUUAUUUUGCACUUAAUGCAUAAAAUUAUGGGGAUCACAAAUUUGCUUAGUCGUGACUUACAAAGAAAGUCUAUUGAUAUAUUAAUUGCAAUGAAUUUGGUAUCUUUUACUAAAGCACUUCUCUUGAAUUUAAGAAAUGAUGGGUUUGAUAUUCUUCUUUCGAAUGUCAUAUCAUUUUGCACAAGAUUAGAUGUUGAUAUACCAGAGAUGAGUGCUUGUUAUAAGAAAUAUAGUCGUUCAUGUGGACAAAAGGAUACCAUCACAGUUGAGCAUCACUUUCAUUAUGAUAUAUUCAAUGCUGCAAUAGAUUUUCAGUUGGAAGAGUUAAACUUCAGAUUCAGUGAUGAUACAGUCGAACUUCUUUCGCUUAGUUCUACUUUGGACCCAAAUGAUAAAUUUAAAAACUUCAACAUCGACAAAAUUUUGAUUAUCGCCAAGAAGUAUUAUCCCGAGGAUUUCACCAGACAAGAAAUGCAUCAUUUGAGGAGUCAACUACUACAUUUUGAGAUUGAUAUAGUUUGUAAUGAAAAAUUCCAAAAUAUGUCUACUAUCUCAGAAUUGUGCCAAGGUUUAUUUGAAACAAAAAAGUUGGAACAGUAUCAUUUGAUUGAUAGGUUGAUCCGUUUAGUUUUAACUCUACCCGUUUCAACGACAACUACUGAACGAGCAUUUUCUGCUAUGAAACAUAUUAAAAAAGUUUAUCGUAAUAAAAUGGGAGAAGAUUUUCUCACCGAUUCCAUGAUUAUCUAUAUUGAGAGGGAAUUUGUUUCAAGUAUAGACACGAAUUCAAUUAUCGAUGACUAUUAUAUUUCAAAAAAUCGUAAAUCCCAACUUCAAUAG